AUGAAAUUUGGAUUUAUUUCUUUAUUUUCUUUUAACAGGGAUAAGGCAGUAUACCUCUCUGAUACACAGAUAUCAAAGCUAAAAGAAGCUUUCAUCCGAUUUGACGAAGAUGGUGAUGAUCUUUUAGAAACCAAUGUAUUAGGCAGAGUGAUGACAUAUUUGGGGAAAACUCUUCCUGAAGCUGAACUCCAGGAAAUGAUAACUGAAGCUGGUACUGGGCAAAAUGAAACCAUUGGUUUUCCUAGAUUCAGGAAUAUGAUUGCGAGAAAACUUAAGUACACUGUAAUUGCGGAGCUGGAGGAUUUAUUCAAGAGAGUUGACACGGAUCAUGAUGGUUUUAUCUCAGCAUCAGAGUUUUUGAUGCUCAUGAAUGGUGUGGAUGAAACCGUGAUCCAGGCGUUGUUCCAAGAAGCUGACACGGAUGAAGAUGGUCAGCUCAACUGCGAGGAGUUUGUCAGGUUGAUGCAACCCAAGUGA